CCGCCGGCCCAUGACUGAGCCCCGCCGCCGCCGGCCGAGGAAUGGGCUCCGGGCUCUGGUAGGAAGCGCAGGGAGCGGGGGGCGCUUUUAAAACACCGAUCUGGGUUUUUUUAAAACCUCCUUUGAAAAAAUAAUGGCAAACUCGACGGGGAAGGCGCCUCCGGACGAGCGGAGAAAGGGACUCGCUUUCCUGGACGAGCUGCGGCAGUUCCACCACAGCAGAGGGUCGCCUUUUAAAAAAAUCCCUGCGGUGGGUGGGAAGGAGCUGGAUCUUCACGGUCUCUACACCAGAGUCACUACUUUAGGCGGAUUCGCGAAGGUUUCUGAGAAGAAUCAGUGGGGAGAAAUUGUUGAAGAGUUCAACUUUCCCAGAAGUUGUUCUAACGCUGCCUUUGCUUUAAAACAGUAUUACUUGCGUUACCUAGAAAAAUACGAGAAAGUUCAUCAUUUUGGGGAGGAUGAUGAUGAGGUACCACCAGGCAAUCCAAAGCCACAGCUUCCUAUUGGUGCAAUUCCAUCUUCCUACAAUUACCAGCAACACAGUGUAUCAGAUUAUCUGCGUCAAAGUUAUGGGCUAUCUAUGGACUUCAAUUCGCCAAAUGAUUAUAAUAAAUUGGUGCUUUCACUGUUAUCUGGACUCCCAAAUGAAGUGGACUUUGCUAUUAAUGUAUGCACUCUUCUAUCAAAUGAAAGCAAGCACGUCAUGCAACUCGAAAAAGACCCUAAAAUCAUCACUUUAUUACUUGCUAAUGCCGGGGUGUUUGACGACACUUUAGGAUCCUUUUCUACUGUAUUUGGUGAAGAAUGGAAGGAGAAGACUGAUAGAGAUUUUGUUAAGUUUUGGAAGGACAUUGUUGAUGAUAAUGAAGUACGUGACCUCAUUUCUGACAGAAACAAGUCUCAUGAAGGUACAUCAGGAGAAUGGAUUUGGGAAUCUUUAUUUCAUCCACCUCGAAAGCUGGGCAUUAAUGAUAUUGAAGGACAACGGGUACUUCAGAUUGCAGUGAUUUUGCGAAAUCUUUCCUUUGAGGAGGGCAAUGUUAAGCUCUUGGCAGCUAAUCGUACCUGUCUUCGUUUCCUAUUACUUUCUGCACAUAGUCAUUUUAUUUCUCUAAGGCAAUUAGGCCUUGACACAUUAGGAAAUAUUGCAGCUGAGCUUCUAUUGGACCCUGUUGAUUUCAAAACUACUCAUCUGAUGUUUCAUACUGUUACUAAAUGCCUAAUGUCAAGGGAUAGAUUUUUAAAGAUGAGGGGCAUGGAAAUUUUGGGAAAUCUUUGCAAAGCAGAAGACAAUGGUGUUUUGAUUUGUGAAUAUGUCGAUCAGGACUCAUACAGAGAGAUCAUUUGUCAUCUCACUUUACCUGAUGUGCUGCUUGUAAUCUCAACACUCGAGGUGCUAUAUAUGCUCACUGAAAUGGGAGACGUCGCUUGCACAAAAAUUGCAAAAGUAGAAAAGAGCAUAGACAUGUUAGUGUGUCUGGUUUCUAUGGAUAUUCAGAUGUUUGGCCCUGAUGCACUAGCUGCAGUAAAACUCGUCGAACAUCCAAGUUCCAGUCAUCAAGUUUUAUCUGAAAUUAGGCCACAAGCUGUAGAGCAAGUCCAAACCCAGACCCAUGUAGCAUCCACCCCAGCUUCCAGAGCAGUUGUAGCACAGCAUGUUGCUCCACCUCCAGGAAUAGUGGAAAUAGAUAGUGAGAAGUUUGCUUGUCAGUGGCUAAAUGCUCAUUUUGAAGUAAAUCCAGAUUGUUCUGUCUCUCGAGCAGAAAUGUAUUCUGAGUACCUCUCAACGUGCAGUAAAUUAGCUCGUGGUGGAAUCCUAACUUCAACUGGAUUUUAUAAAUGUCUUAGAACGGUCUUUCCAAAUCAUACAGUGAAGAGAGUGGAGGAUUCCAGCAGCAACGGGCAGGCACAUAUUCAUGUGGUCGGAGUAAAACGGAGGGCUAUACCACUUCCCAUUCAGAUGUACUAUCAGCAGCAACCAGUCUCUACUCCUGUUGUUCGUGUUGAUUCUGUUCCUGAUGUAUCUCCAAGUCCUUCACCUGCAGGAAUCCCUCAUGGACCACAAACUGUAGGAAACCAUUUUCAGAGGACUUCUGUUACCAACCAAUCUUCAAAUUUGACUGCAACACAAAUGUCUUUUCCAGUACAAGGUGUUCAUACUGUGGCACAGACUGUUUCAAGAAUUCCACCAAAUCCUACAGUUCAUACCCACCAGCAGCAAAAUGCUCCAGUGACUGUCAUUCAAAAUAAAGCUCCAAUUCCUUGUGAAGUUGUUAAGGCUACAGUAAUUCAGAAUUCUCUACCCCAGACAGCAGUUCCUGUUAGUAUUGCUGUGGGAGGAGGAGCUGCUCAGAGUUCUGUGGUUCAGAAUCAUAGUACAGGACCACAACCCGUUACAGUUGUAAAUUCCCAGACAUUGCUUCAUCAUCCAUCUGUAAUUCCACAACAGUCUCCAUUACACACAGUGGUACCAGGACAGAUACCUUCCGGCACUCCUGUUACAGUAAUUCAGCAAGCCGUCCCACAGAGUCAUAUAUUUGGCAGAGUACAGAACAUACCAGCAUGUACUUCUACAGUUUCACAGGGUCAACAGUUAAUCACCACAUCACCCCAGCCUGUGCAAACUUCAUCUCAACAAACAUCAGCUGGUAGCCAGCCACAAGACACCGUUAUCAUAGCACCUUCACAGUACGUAACAACUUCUGCAUCCAAUAUUGUCUCAGCAACGUCCGUACAGAAUUUUCAGGUAGCUACAGGACAGAUGGUUACCAUUGCUGGUGUCCCAAGUCCACAACCCUCAAGAGUAGGGUUUCAGAACAUUGCACCAAAACCUCUCCCUUCUCAGCAAGUUUCAUCAACAGUGGUACAACAGCCCAUUCAACAACCACAGCAGCCAACCCAACAAAGCGUAGUGAUUGUAAGCCAGCCGGCUCAACAAGGUCAAACUUAUGCACCAGCCAUUCACCAAAUUGUUCUUGCUAAUCCAGCAGCUCUUCCAGCUGGUCAGGCGGUUCAGCUAACUGGGCAACCAAAUAUAACUCCAUCUUCCUCACCAUCACCUGUCCCAGCUACUAAUAACCAAGUCCCAACUGCCAUGUCAUCUUCUUCCGCCCCUCAGUCACAAGGACCACCUCCUACCGUCAGUCAGAUGCUGUCUGUGAAGAGGCAGCAGCAGCAGCAGCAUUCACCAGCGCCCUCACCACAACAGGUACAAGUACAGGUUCAGCAGCCACAACAAGUACAGAUGCAAGUUCAGCCACAGCAGACAAACGCAGGCGUUGGUCAGCCUGCUUCUGGUGAGUCAAGUCUGAUAAAACAGUUGCUGCUUCCAAAGCGUGGUCCUUCAACACCAGGUGGUAAGCUAAUUCUCCCAGCUCCACAGAUUCCUCCCCCUAAUAAUGCUAGAGCUCCUAGCCCUCAGGUGGUAUACCAGGUGGCCAAUAACCAAGCAGCAGGUUUUGGAGUGCAGGGGCAAACUUCUGCUCAGCAGCUAUUGGUUGGGCAGCAAAAUGUUCAGUUGGUCCAAAGUGCAAUGCCACCUGCAGGGGGAGUGCAAACUGUGCCCAUCUCGAACUUACAAAUAUUGCCAGGCCCACUGAUCUCAAAUAGCCCAGCAACCAUUUUCCAAGGGACUUCUGGCAACCAGGUAACCAUAACAGUUGUGCCAAAUACAAGUUUUGCAACUGCAACUGUGAGUCAGGGAAAUGCAACUCAGCUCAUUGCUCCAGCAGGAAUUACUAUGAGUGGGACGCAAGCAGGAGUUGGACUUCAGGUGCAAACGCUUCCAGCCACUCAGACAUCUCCAGCUGGACAAUCAUCCUGUACUACUGCUACUCCCCCGUUCAAAGGUGAUAAGAUAAUUUGCCAAAAGGAGGAGGAAGCAAAAGAAGCAACAGGUUUACAUGUUCAUGAACGUAAGAUUGAAGUCAUGGAGAACCCGUCCUGCCGACGAGGAACCACAAACACCAGCAAUGGGGAUACAAAGGAAAAUGAAAUGCAGGUGGGAAGUCUUUUAAAUGGGAGAAAGUACAGUGACUCAAGUCUACCUCCUUCAAACUCAGGGAAAAUUCAAAGUGAGGCUAAUCAGUGCUCACUAAUCAGUAAUGGGCCAUCGUUAGAAUUAGGUGAGAAUGGAACAUCCGGAAAACAGAACUCAGAACAAAUCGACAUGCAGGAUAUCAAAAGUGAUUUGAAAAAACCUCUGGUUAAUGGAAUCUGUGAUUUUGAUAAAGGAGAUGGUUCUCAUUUAAGCAAAAACAUUCCAAAUCACAAAACUUCCAAUCAUGUAGGAAAUGGCGAGAUAUCUCCAAUGGAACCACAAGGGACUUUAGAUGCCACUCAGCAAGAUACUGCCAAAGGUGAUCAACUAGAAAGAAUUUCUAAUGGACCUAUAUUAACUUUGGGUGGUUCACCAUCUGUGAGCAGUAUACAGGAGGCUCCAAAUGUGGCGACACAGCAGUUUAGUGGUACUGAUUUGCCUAAUGGACCUCUAGCUUCAAGUUUGAAUUCAGAUGUGCCUCAGCAACGCCCAAGUGUAGUUGUCUCACCACAUUCUACAACCUCUGUUAUACAGGGGCAUCAAGUCGUAGCAGUUCCCCACUCAGGAUCAAGAGUGUCCCAUUCUCCUGCCCUGUCAUCUGACGUUCGGUCUACAAAUGGCACAGCAGAAUGCAAAACUGUAAAGAGGCCAGCAGAGGAUAAUGAUAGGGAAACAGUCACAGGAAUUCCAAAUAAAGUAGGAGUUAGAAUUGUUACAAUCAGUGACCCCAACAAUGCUGGCUGCAGUGCAACAAUGGUUGCCGUGCCAGCAGGAGCAGAUCCAAGCACUGUAGCGAAAGUAGCAAUAGAAAGUGCUGUUCAGCAAAAGCAACAGCAUCCACCAACAUACGUACAGAAUGUGGUCCCACAGGGGUUUGGGGAUGUAAAGGAGGCACCUGGACCCCAAGAAGGGACUUCCAGACUUGCAGAAUGUGCAGGGCUGAAAAGACUGCAGGGAAAUG